UACUUUAAAACAAUAUUUUUUGACAGAAUUAUUUAAUUAAAUUAUAUUUGAGGGUAUGAACCAAAGAUUAGGCUUUCAAAAUGUUAUCAAUGGUCGAAACAAUCAUUACAGAUUAGGAGUACGGAAACCAGAAGUUUCAAGAAAUAUACCUUCAGCUUUUUUUGGACUUGUUGCUACUGGCUUAUAUAUUGUUUCAAUGGCUGAACCUAAUUGGUUUCGUUUAGAAGGUGCACUAUGUUCAACUGAGCAUUUAGGAUUGUAUAUUAUAUUUGGAAGUCAGUCUAAACACUCAGAUGGAUGCUGGAAUGUGAGUAUUGUCGAAAAACUCCAAAUUUGUGCAGGACUCUCAUUUCUAGCAAUUAUUAGCAGUGUACUUCAGUUUACACUAGACUUGUGUGGGACAAGUAAUCGCGGGUUAUUAUUUGUUUGGAAUAAUUCUCUUGGAAACAUAACCUCUGUUUUACUUUCCAUCAGUAUAAUGUGCAUAUGUUAUUGGAUUUCAGUUGAUGCGAAUAAUCUAAAAGUGACUAAAGUAACCUGUUUUCUUGAUAUUGGAUUUUAUCUUAUAGCUGCUGCUGGUAUUGCAGCUUUUAUUGGUUGUAUUCUAAACCUUCUUAAAAUAACAUGUGAGAAAAUUGUAUUUCCUGUCCAGUCUAAUGACAAUGAAUUACAACUUCAGUUAAUUCAUGAUGAUAAUGAAAUAGAAGAAUUUCCACCAGUGUUUCCACCUGUUUACUGCCCUUGAAUUUCUGUGUCCUUGAUUCAUGUUUCAACGCAUUAAUUUUUUUCUAUUUUCCUUGAUUGCGACAUUUAGAGGAUUUUUCUAACAUUUGUAUAAAAUUAUAACAUUGACAAAAAAUAUAUGUAAAUAAAUUAAAUAUUCAUACUUUAUUUGUAUGGAUAUACAUAGUUUAUGUAAAUAUGUUAUAUAAGUAAAGGUUUUAUAGAAUGUGACAUAAAUAUAA